AUGGAGACUUUGCAUAGUAGCUUGCAUGCUGCUAGCAAAAUCCAGCUGCUAAGUCAAAACUUUGCUCUGAUACUGCAGAAUGUUUUAAAGGUCAAUGCAUUCCAAGUAACACAGGAAGAUUUGAUAGAUGGCUUAGAAAUCAUGGAUACAAUCUCAUUUAAUUCUAUAAGAAGACAGGAAAUCAGUCUUAUUCGAAAUACAAACAUAUACCUGGAGGCUAAAGUGAUAAAACUGCAGAUUUUUCUUCAUUUGUCUGAUAUCAAAAACCAUGCUGCUCUUUCGUCACCUGGCAAACAUGCCCACGCCAUACUUCUGAUGUCUGAAGACCUCCAAACUAUGAGGUCCCUGGUCAGCACCUCGCACCUCCAACUAGCUGCCUUUCUUGUUGGCACAAUAGGCUGGAUCAUGUGCGCUGUCUCAAUGGGACUUGUGGAAUGGAGAGUGUGGCAUGUGGACAACACCACUGUUAUUUCCUCUGGCGUUGCCUGGGUGGGAAUUUGGAAAGUCUGCUUUAUCAGUUAUCUUCAUGUCUCACCUGGCUAUAAAGAACAGUUCUGUCAUAAAUUCAGGGCAUUUGACUCUUUCGUCCCUGAUGAAAUUUACGUUGCUCAAGGUCUCCUGUUGGUCGCCAUGGUCAUGGGUUUGCUGGGACUGACUGCCACAAUAUUUGCUCUGAGACAUAUUUAUAGGGGAAUAGCUGACAAAACUCUCAUUGCCCGUUCCUUCCUGGUUGGUGGCUUCUUCUACAUAUUUUCUAGUCUAUGUGUCCUAAUUCCAGUGAGCUGGAAUUUCUACUCUGUAACGCAUAAUGAGAGCAUUGCUUUUCCUCCUUCUUACCACAUGCCCUCCAGCCCAGCGACACAGGAGGUUGGUGCUGCAAUUCCUAUUGGGAUUAUAGCUGUCAUUCUGCUGCUGCUAAGUGGGACUUUUUCUCUCUUGUACAGAUUUCGUGAAACCUCCAACACUAUCAUGCAAUUCUGA